GCCCAGCCAAAAUUCCCCCCCCAAGUGAAGAGGGGGGUUGAAAUUGGUGUUAGGUUGCUACCAGUGCUUCCCACACAAGUCUCCACGUGUUCUGCAGCUUCUGCUUCUGCUUUGAACUUCGUAGUUCUCCGGCCAUGCACUGAUGCAGAGUUGGAGAAAUUCACCUGGUCCUGAGGCCGUAGAGAUUUCGAAGCGCCUGAAGGUCGAGGCUGAAGAGAGCUGGUCUUCCUCACGAUGACACAUGCCGUGCUGCUGCCAAAGGGGGGAAGUGCUCUGCACCAAAGUGCUCAGUCACAAAGGGGUGCCCUUGUCAAGACUUGUUUUGAAGCGAGCAGAUCCACAGAAGCUCUUAUUGGGUAUCAGCAUAGACGACAGGCUUGGCCAAAUCAGGUUCUGGAGUCGAGUCGCCGAGUCAAGGGAAGUUCUACGCACGUCCCUUCUAAAAGCGUGACAAUGCAGUCUGCAAGAUUGUUCAGAAGCAGUCAGCUCUCAUCGUUCGGUAUUUGCUCGUCCUGCCAGCGGGUAAGGGCAGACCAUACGCGGGCGCCUGAUUAUAGCAGAUUGGCCAGCCAUAGCAGAUCUCAGCAUUCUGGCCCCCUAAAGAACCAGUCAAACAACCAGCCAGCACAUUCACACCGGCCGCUUCACUCUUUAAGAAACUCAGACCAUGGAGGGCUUAUCUCGAGACAUAUUUUUGGAAAGUCUUUUGGUAGAGUCGGGGCCGUUUCUAGGGGCGAGAGGGUGGUGAUGAUGUCAGCCGGGGGGAAGUGGAACAGCGACAACCUCAGCUUUGAGCGGCUAGAGAUGGAAGUGCCCACUGAACAGAGGCCGGUUAACGAAUUCAAGGCGUUGAAGGACGCAACAUUAUACAAUUGGGCUCAGCUAGAUUUGAAGGACUACAGCCUGCGGUUGCUCUUGGUCUGGAGCGGCUUCUUCGUUUUCCUUGGGGCGCCGAUUGCGGCGGCGAGUUUCGAACCCAUGAAGGAGCCUCUAGAGUUCUUUUUGGCAGGCGGGGCGGGCGCGCUGUUCGCCUCGGCAAUCCUAGUCCUUCGAAUGUAUUUGGGUUGGAGCUAUGUCGGCGAUCGGUUGCUGUCCGCUGUUGUCGCGUAUGAGGAGUCGGGUUGGUACGACGGCCAGCUGUGGGUAAAGCCCCCGGAGAUUUUGGCCCGCGACCGGUUGCUGGGUUCUUACCAAGUCAAGCCCAUCUUGAACCGGUUGAAGCAGACGCUAUUGGGCGCUGGGGGGGCGCUUAUGGCGUCUGCAGUGUCUCUCGCGCUGCUUCUGCAAGCGGGGGAGCCCACAGACUUCAUGGCGCGGAACAGAGAAAUCGCGGCCGCAUUGGCUGCUAAGGGGCUUCCUAGCAUCGAUGACGUCACGAAUCCUCCGGAUCUAGUUGCGUCAGACGACGACUUGGCAGCGGCGGCGGCGGCGGCCGCUGACGGGCGACCGGCAUAUUGCCGGGAUCGCUAUUAUCGGGCAUUGGCUGGGGGCCAGUACUGCAAGUGGGAGGAUUUGCAACGGUAGCGCCAAGAGAGGAACGAAGGCUUGCAUAUUUGUUUCUCGUGACCAAUGUUGUCAAAAUUUUCAUGUUGGGUUGAAGACUGCCAUUGUGUGCCACUACCAUACGGUGAUAACCAGCAAUGCAAUGUACCUCGGGGUAUCCAG